GGAAAGAACAACACUGCACCGCGUCCCGUCCCUCCCGCCCGCCCGGGGCCCGGAAUCCCGCUCUCCACCGCUUGAAGCCGGACCAGCCCGAGAACCCGGGACGCGCUGGGGAGUUGGGUUCACCUUGGAGGCCAGAGAGACUUGGCGCCCGGAAAAGGGUGAAGAGGGUGGUAAGGGGGAGGGAGAAAGGGAGAAAGGGAGACCGCGAUACCCUGGAAGGCCGCUUUCAGACGCCGGGGCGUUGCGCGCGCUUGCUCUUUAAAUACUCAGACUGCGCGGCGCGGAGCCGUCGCCAUGGUGACGCGUGUCCCAGCAACCGAACUGAAUGGCUAUUGCCUGGCAACGCCAGGGCUUGAAGUUUUGGGGCCGCCCACCUAAAUACUCGCCCUUUCUCUAGCCGGCGAGUUGGGGGUGCUUCCCCGCCUCCCGGCCGCGCCCGGGCGCGAUGACGUAAACGCCCUCCGGCCCCGAGCCCGCACCCGGGUCCGGCUGCCGCACAAUGCCGCGCCAAGCCGGCGGAGUCGCGCGCGUCUGGGAGCUGUGGUCCUUUUCCUCUUCCCCGGCUUCCCUGCAAUCCCGCCGCACCGAAGUGUUCUUAAAAUUCAUUUCUCAAUCUGUAUUCUUUGGGGCUAAGAAUUGUUUCCUAAUGCGGACGUAAUUGCUUCUGUCGGUCUAGACCGCAACCCAGGACCUCCGGAUGGGACUCGAUAAGCUCCACGUGCGCCGUUGUGGCCUCAAAUACUCCUUGGUCCCACAUGUUUCUGCCCUUCAGAAUAUCACUUGGUCUUCCCAAAUCAUGCGCGCUCACAAACGGUUUUGCACCACCCCCAUCACCUUGUGCCCACCGGCCCCAAAUACCACUUUGCUCCGCAAAGGAUAGUUCCGUGCCCCUAAAUACCAUUCUGUCGCCCCACCUAUUCUCUGCCUCCUAAAUACAUAACUAAUCUGUCCCAUUCUCCCUCCCACAUUCCGCUGCCCUCGCCAAAUACCUCGGUGCCCCUUCCGCGUUAACUCAGGACCCCACCCACUUAGCGCCAUUUCCUCCAGACACCGCCCCCACGUGCUUGAGUCCCCUCCUAAAGCUCCCAGCCCCUCCGUCGAUGGUACAGUAUGUUCCUCCCCUUCUCUGUCCAAGCCACUGCUUCUUCCGGCCCGGGCCUGCCCUCCCCAGCCUCUCUCUGCCCCCACUUAGGCAGCGCCACCCAACCUCCUCUCCCGGGACGAGGCAGCCCCUCAGCCCGCUCGGGAAGGCCCGGUGAGGCUCCCGGUGACCGCUAGAGGGCAGGAGAGCCCGGCCAGCGAGCCGCCGCUACAAGGUGGAGGACUGGGAAAGCAAAGACCCUAGGGUUCGGCCGAACCCAGAUUUCAUAUUUCUUUAAGUGGAAAUUUCUUCCCCCGCCCCCUUCUAGGGAGAAAGUCAAAGAAGGAACUCAGGCUGCUGGAAAGGCCGGCAGGGGGCGGGACUGUGGGUUUCAGGGUAGAACCGUGUGUGGAACGGGACAGAGAGCGGUUAGAAAAGUGGGGCUGUUCCGGGAAGUAGUUGGGGGGAGGGGGUCCAAAACUAGCAACUAGUUUACUCAUUAUCGAGCCUUCCCCUUCCUUCUCAGCCCCCAGAGUGGGACUCCAAGGGACCCAGGGAGAAUGGGGCAAUGGUGCGGGGGACCUGAGGAUGAGCUUCCCGGCCUUGCCGUGCAGGACUUUGACCUAGCCCACUUUCUCUGUUACUUUUCUCACCUUGUCUGUUGUCCUGGGGCUAAAAUAGGACCAUGGGGACCCAGGUCAGGUUCCAGACUCCCUCCACCGCCUUCUGGAGCCAGGGAGUGGUUGGUGAAAGGGGGAGGCCAGUUGGAAAACAAACAGGUUGUCAGAGGGUCGAGUGACUGGAGCCCACGUACCCUAUUUGAGGGGCCAGGAAUGGUUGGGGAGGAAGAGGAAGAGGAAGAGGUAGGAGGUAGGGAAAGGGGGAGGAGGCGGAGCUUUGUCACCUGUCACCUGCUCUGGCUGAGCCUAGGGCGGGCGGGGGACCGGUAUAAAGCAGCAGGCGCCUGUGCCUGCUCCACCUCGUGCGCACUGCCUGCCUGAGUCUGUUCUGCCCCCUCCCCACCACUUGGCCACCACCAUGACACCGGACAUCCAGGCCCCUUUCUUCUUCCUGCUGCUGCUAUUCCAAGUGCUUACAGUCUCUGGUACAAGCAGCAGCAGUACACAGGCUUUAAGUGACCAAAGCACCUCACCCCGGGCCACCAGUGGCGCCUCAUCUCCGACCACCAGCCCUGCCUCAGGCUCGGCUGCCCCUUCGGUCCACGGUGGCACCUCACCCCGGGCCACCAGUGGCGCCUCAUCUCCGACCGCCAGCCCUGCCUCAGGCUCGGCUGCCCCUUCGGUCCACGGUGGCACCUCACCCCGGGCCACCAGUGGCGCCUCAUCUCCGACCGCCAGCCCUGCCUCAGGCUCGGCGGCCCCUCCGGUCCACGGUGGCACCUCACCCCGGGCCACCAGUGGCGCCUCAUCUCCGAGCGCCAGCCCUGCCUCAGGCUCGGCUGCCCCUCCGGUCCACGGUGGCACCUCACCCCGGGCCACCAGUGGCGCCUCAUCUCCGACCACCAGCCCUGCCUCAGGCUCGGCUGCCCCUCCGGUCCACGGUGGCACCUCACCCCGGGCCACCAGUGGCGCCUCAUCUCCGAGCGCCAGCCCUGCCUCAGGCUCGGCUGCCCCUCCGGUCCACGGUGGCACCUCACCCCGGGCCACCAGUGGCGCCUCAUCUCCGAGCGCCAGCCCUGCCUCAGGCUCGGCGGCCCCUCCGGUCCACGGUGGCACCUCACCCCGGGCCACCAGUGGCGCCUCAUCUCCGACCACCAGCCCUGCCUCAGGCUCGGCGGCCCCUCCGGUCCACGGUGGCACCUCACCCCGGGCCACCAGUGGCGCCUCAUCUCCGAGCGCCAGCCCUGCCUCAGGCUCGGCUGCCCCUUUGGUCCACGGUGGCACCUCACCCCGGGCCACCAGUGGCGCCUCAUCUCCGAGCGCCAGCCCUGCCUCAGGCUCGGCUGCCCCUCCGGUCCACGGUGGCACCUCACCCCGGGCCACCAGUGGCGCCUCAUCUCCGAGCGCCAGCCCUGCCUCAGGCUCGGCGGCCCCUCCGGUCCACGGUGGCACCUCACCCCGGGCCACCAGUGGCGCCUCAUCUCCGAGCGCCAGCCCUGCCUCAGGCUCGGCGGCCCCUCCGGUCCACGGUGGCACCUCACCCCGGGCCACCAGUGGCGCCUCAUCUCCGAGCGCCAGCCCUGCCUCAGGCUCGGCGGCCCCUCCGGUCCACGGUGGCACCUCACCCCGGGCCACCAGUGGCGCCUCAUCUCCGAGCGCCAGCCCUGCCUCAGGCUCGGCUGCCCCUCCGGUCCACGGUGGCACCUCACCCCGGGCCACCAGUGGCGCCUCAUCUCUGAGCGCCAGCCCUGCCUCAGGCUCGGCGGCCCCUCCGGUCCACGGUGGCACCUCACCCCGGGCCACCAGUGGCGCCUCAUCUCCGAGCGCCAGCCCUGCCUCAGGCUCGGCGGCCCCUCCGGUCCACGGUGGCACCUCACCCCGGGCCACCAGUGGCGCCUCAUCUCCGAGCGCCAGCCCUGCCUCAGGCUCGGCUGCCCCUCCGGUCCACGGUGGCACCUCACCCCGGGCCACCAGUGGCGCCUCAUCUCCGAGCGCCAGCCCUGCCUCAGGCUCGGCGGCCCCUCCGGUCCACGGUGGCACCUCACCCCGGGCCACCAGUGGCGCCUCAUCUCCGAGCGCCAGCCCUGCCUCAGGCUCGGCGGCCCCUCCGGUCCACGGUGGCACCUCACCCCGGGCCACCAGUGGCGCCUCAUCUCCGACCGCCAGCCACAUUACUAGGACAAUUGCCAGCAGCACUAACCAGAGCAUAGUACCUCCGACCUCCUCCAGUCAUAAGACUUCUCAGCAGUUGCCUAUUAGGGUCUCCCUGUUCUUCCUGUCUUUUCACAUUACGAACCUCCAGUUUAACUCUUCCCUGGAAAAUCCCAGCACCAGCUACUACCAGAAGCUGCAGAGAAGCAUUUCUGUAUUGUUUGUGCAGACUUAUAAACAAGAGGAUUUUCUGGGCCUCUUAGGUAUCAAGUUCAGGCCAGGAUCUGUGGUGGUAGAAUUAACUUUGGCCUUCCGAGAGGGUACCACUGCCCACAACUUGGAGAGACAGCUUGGUCAGCUUGAAGCAGCAGCAGUCAAAUAUAACCUGACCAUCAGUGGAGUUAGUGUGCGUGAUGCAUCAUUUCCUUCCUCUGCCCAGUCUGGAUCUGGGGUGCCUGGCUGGGGCAUUGCCCUGCUGGUACUGGUCUGUGUUCUGGUUGCCCUGGCCAUCAUUUAUCUCAUUGCCCUGGUUGUGUGUCAGUGCAGACAAAAGAACUAUGGGCAGCUGGACCUCUUUCCAACCCGAGAUGCCUACCAUCCUAUGAGCGAGUACCCCACCUACCACACCCAUGGGCGCUAUGUGCCCCCUGGCAGUACCAAACGGAGCCCCUUUGAGGAGGUUUCUGCAGGCAAUGGUGGCAGCACUCUCUCUUACGCGAACCUGGCAGCCACUUCCGCCAACCUGUAGGGGCACGUUGCCUGCUGAGCAUCCAGCCAGCGCCGACUGCCUCCCUGGGUUUCUUCACUGCUGCAGCCCCCUCCCCCUUGCCCCCAACUCUGCUCUGGGCUGGUGAGCUGGGCAUUCAGGUGGGCUGCCCACAGUCUCUCUCACAGGCCCCACCAAGUCCCCUAACCCAUCUUAGCCCUGGCGAAGCCCAUCCGAGCCCCUGGGGACAAGCCUGAGGCAGUGGCUCCCAGGAGGACUGGCGGGGACAGCUCGGAGAUGGGAGUGGGAACCUGAACAUGGCUGAAUAAAACUCGGGCCUCCUCUUCGCUGA